AUGGAGGCCAAGAAGGUUAUCCACAAUGUCAGAGGAAUAUACGGUGGCCAGACCACCACUGGCAUCCUGCGACUCACAGACUAUCACAUGGUGUUUUGCGCUCCGAUAGACCAGCACAAAGGGCGCGCGGACCCUGCGGCGCCGGCAAGGAUGAGAGAGCGAUGGCUCACGUUCCCGAUCCUCUCCUACUGUGCUCUUCGCCCGACGCCUCCUACAUCCAGGCAGUCUCCGUCCAUACGUAUUCGGUGCCGCGACUUUUCCUUUGUCACCUUCACCUUUGUCGACAACGAUGUCGCCCGUGAGGCAUUUGACUUUAUCAAGUCGAGGACCUGCAAGCUCGGCACGGUGGAAAGACUCUACGCCUUCAGCCACAGACCCCUCAAGAAUGAACGAGAAAUGAAUGGCUGGGACUUCUACGACCCCAAGGCCGAGUUCCGGAGGCAGGGUAUCAGCGCGAAGCUGCCUGACAAGGGCUGGAGAGUCACCACCAUCAAUAAGGACUAUACGUUUUGCGACACAUACCCGGCCUUUUUGGUUGUGCCUUCCAAGAUCUCGGACAACGUCCUCAAAUACGCCAGAGACUUUCGUUCUCGGAAUCGAAUUCCCGUCCUGUCCUACAUCCAUCCCGUCAACAACUGCACAAUCACAAGGAGCUCCCAACCGUUGGCGGGCCUCACCAGGAGAACAAACGUACAGGACGAGAGGCUUGUUGCGGCAUCCUUCUCCGCCUGGAUGCCCGGUGGAUCGGAGGAAACUACACCACCUGCGAGCCAGCAGGAACCGGCGGACAGUAGCGUGCUGGCAUCAUCCCUAUCGGAUAUGGAGCGCUACGAAGACGAAUUGAUCUCGCGGUCAGCCGCCAUCUACGACGAGAAGACGGGCGAAACAAGGAUAUACGGCCGACAGCAGGCCAACAUGAUUGUCGACGCUCGCCCCUCGAUCAACGCCAUUGCCAAUCAAGUCCAGGGCAUGGGAUCGGAGAAUAUGGUCAAGUACAAGUUUGCCACGAAGACGUACCUCAGUAUUGGGAAUAUUCACGUCAUGCGAUCCUCGCUCGAGAGGGUCGUGGACGCCCUCAAGGACACUGACAUAUCUCCCCUCCCCCCCAGUCGAGACCUCUUGCAUCAAAGCAACUGGUUGCGACACAUUGAGGAAAUUCUCAGCGGGUCGGCCAUCAUUACCCGCAGAAUCGGAAUCAGCCAUUCCAAUGUCCUUAUCCACUGCUCGGACGGAUGGGAUCGCACGAGUCAACUGAGCGCUUUGGCACAAAUUAUGCUAGACCCCUACUUCAGAACGAUAGAUGGCUUCAUUGUUCUAGUGGAAAAGGACUGGCUCUCGUUUGGUCAUAUGUUUAGGCUGCGGUCUGGACAUUUGAACCACGAGGACUGGUUCGUUGUCCAGAGGGACGCCUUGGCUGGGUCAAAAGUCCAGCCCGGAGAUAGUGACGGUCGCGGCGAUGCGAUUCAGCAAGUUCUCACCAGCGCUAGGCGCUUCUUCAACUCGAGCAAGGAAGAGUCCGAGUUGGAAGGAGCAAGCGAGAUCACGUCGGGGAAAGUGGUGGACGAAGAGGCCACCACCCCCAAAAUGAUGAGCCCUGUUUUCCACCAGUUCCUCGACUGUACCUAUCAGCUGACCAAGCAGCACCCUACCCGUUUUGAGUACAAUGAGCGCUUUCUGCGCCGUCUUCUCUACCACCUCUACUCCUGUCAGUAUGGGACCUUCUUGUACAACUCGGAGAAACAACGCAAAGAUGCCAGAGUCAGUGAGAGGACGUCGUCGGUCUGGGACUACUUUCUCUGUCGAAAGCAAGAAUUUACAAACCCCGACUACGAUCCCACCGUCGAUGAUCGCGUCAGAGGCAAAGAGAGAAUUAUUCUGCCGAAUCUAAAAGAAGUCAGGUGGUGGUAUCAAGUCUUUGGUCGCACGGACGACGAAAUGAAUGGGGCUUUGAACGCUGCUGCUGUUGCCGAGAAUGAGCGCCUCGCGGCCGUGUCGAGCUUACACGGCCCCUCGCGUCCGGAUCAUAUGUCCCGAUCAGCCUCGGGAUCACCGAGACCUCCGGGCCUCAGCGACACCCAGUCCGUACUGGAAGCAGUGGAAACCGCGCACGAGACAAUCACCUCGGAUAACAGGCAGUCUACGUUGCGCCGUAGCGCGUCUGCCGAGGGUCCAAACGCCUUUGCAGCCGUCCGGGAUGGUUUGUCAGGGCUGAACAUUGGCAGAGGCAUACUGAGCAAUCUCGGUCGGGGCGAGGCUUCCGGAUCAGUCACAGCUCCACGCACGGAGCAAGAGAUGAGCGAGAUGACAUAG